AAUUUUUUGCCAGUCUGUCGACAGGGGGUGAGAUGUGUAGUGCGUUUGCUGAACGAAAAUUAACAAAUUUAUUGAUAUGGCGGAACAUGUUGAGAUGCAAAUCUUGCACAUAAGAGAGCCGCUAAUACGCGUAGAAAGUAUUCCUCAAAAGUUUGACUUCAAAAAGUGGAGAGAACAUAAGAAGGAUACUGAGGAAAGGUUAUUCAACAACCUUCAACAUGCAUUUGACGAACGUAACCAUGAAAACUUUAAAGCAUACCUGCAGGCUUGCAUCGGCGAGUUGCAAAAAAUCUACGAGCAAUUGUUGGAUCAAAAAACCACACCCCGCGAAAGGUUGCUGAAGAACGAUAGAGUUCAUUUGUUCUUUUCAAAGUUGUGCCGAACAGAGGGUAGUUCCGAGUUUAUUCGAAUUUUCCUGGAGCAAAUUCCAAUCGUUGACAAGAUAUUGGAACGAUACAAAGAGGCGCCACAACCUCGCGAGGCCCCGAGAAGGCGAUCGGAGAGGCCAAAGACGGAGAAGGAACCUAAUCAAGCAGUUCAUAUUGCCAUCAAAGCCAGGGCGUUCGAGAAUGUUAGGACUCUGUUGAGCAUGCCCGGCGUCAACGUGGAUGCGAUCUGGGCAUUUAAGAAGUAUACACCGUUGAUGAUGCUGAUCUCGGUGGUUGAGUCUGGUAAUUUCUCGAAAGUGAAGGGGUUGGUUCAAAUUUUAGCGGGUUUGAAAGCCAGCAUCAAUAUUGGAGAUUUUAGGAUGCAUCCUUUGUCGGCGAUUUGCAAACUGGAGUCUGUUGAUCAAGAUGAAAAGAUGGAAUUGUUGACAUUUUGUUUGGCGAACUUUGACUGUGAUGUGGACGGGCUUUUUGGUGGACAAGCUCGCAGGGAUAUUGAGGCGUUGAAUUGUGGGCUGGAGAUUGCACAGAAACCGGCGAAAGUAACGUUCGAGUUGUUGCAAUCUUUGAUUUUGGAUAGAAAUUCGGCGGAGUUUGUGGAAAGAUUUGGAGAAUUUUAUUCAGGUGACCAUGAAGUCCAAGUUUUGAAACUGUUGGAGAAGACUGCGACGAAGGGCUUGGAUGUCUGUGUGGAAACAAUAUUCCACUAUUUAAAGGAUAGUGAAAUCCUGAGCAAUAACACAGAGAAUUUGUUCAAAAUACUGAAGGAGGUUUGCCAAAAUGGUUUCGCACGUGUGCUCAAGCUGUUUCUGGCCAAUAUCAAGUCGAGAAUCGAAUGCAAGCAUCCGCUGCUGUUGACGAGUUUACGAGAGCUUCGGAAAAGCAGGACACAGGUGAGGCUGGAUUGCUUCAAACAAUUGUUGAACGAUCGCCGUAUUAUGGCUUAUGCGCGUGAUGACCACAAUCAAACGGCACUUCACUACGCGAUCCACCACGGCAUGGACCAGGAAGCAAAGGAGAUUUUGCUGAAAAAGGCACCGUAUUUGUGGAAGCUGAACAAUCUGCAGGAGUCGCCGCUACAUUCGAUGAAGGCGGACAUUUUGGAGGCGUUUCUAGAUUCAAAAAUUUCGAUUCCACAAGAGUCGAAAGAAAUCCAGCUGGGUUUGAAUGAGUUCAAGCUACCUCGAGGGCACACGUACUCGGAAAUUGCCCCAUUUUAUUUCAUCGCGGAAUCAAAAGAGUUGAAACCACUUCUUCGGCAUCCGGUUCUUAGUACGUUUAUUUUGGUGAAAUGGCUUUUCAUCAGAUGGAUUACGUAUGGAAUGUUUGCUCUUAGCUUUUUCUUUGCAUUGUUCUUCUUUUUGUUGUCCUUGUACGAUACUCCAGUACUGAAAUUGGUCUGUUUAGUGCUAUUUUUGCUAUAUGUCGUAAGGUGGAUUGUUAUUACCGUAAUUCCUGUACUGUACAUACUCAAGAAGUGGAGCAAAAACAAUCGCAUUAACAUCCGUGGGAUUCACAUUUUUCGAGGACUGAGCAAACUUCGAGAGACCGUAAUGAUCUUCUUGGCUUUGUACUGUUUGUUGUCCACAAACAACGCCGUUCUCUCCGUGUUGAUCCUGCUGGCGGGUAUCGAUGUCAUCGUACAUCUCAGACUAUUCCCAUACGCCUCGCUAACCACCAGCAUCGUCAUGCUGGAAACCGUCAGCAAAAGCUUUCUGAAGAUUUUGUUGAUCUACUUGAUCAUCAUCAUUUCCUUCGGGUGCAGCUUCUUCGUGCUGUUCUCAAACUACGCAUCCCAAGAUCAGCUUGAAGAUUCGGCGCAAAACUCCACCACCAAGGAUGAGUUCAACAAUUUUUCAACCUUGCAAGGAUCGCUGGUAAAGUCUCUGGUGAUGAUGAUCGGUGAGCUGGAUGCUUCGGAAAUUGAAUUCAACGGCCACAAGCUAAGCUACAUAGUGUUCAUAUGCUUCGUGUUCUUCGUCACUCUUGUUGUGGCCAAUCUUAUCAACGGUGUCGCAGUCAGUGAUAUUACGGAAAUUCGACAACAAGCCCAGGUGGCUGCCCUCGCCAACCGGGUGGAGAUGUUGAGACGGUUCGAGAAGUGUCUUUCUUUUAGCAUAUUCUCAAAAUGGCGUAAAUCAUCACUAUUUUUCACCCGAUACGAACCCAAGAUUACCAUCAGAACCAACUUGGACAAUCAAGUUGUUCUAACAAGGAAGAAGGUAAGCUCCACUCCACCUGAAGAACAUAAACAAACGAAAAAUCCGGAACGCAAAUUCGACGUAAUGGGACGCUGCGGGUACUUCCACCAUGGCGUCGACGAGGACACCGUCAAUGAUGCCAAAAACAUCGCAAUCAGGAACCACAACCGACCACGCUCGCUGGAUGCGGUUUUCGAGCAACUUAAGCGCGUUGAAGAUCGGAUUGCGCAAAUGGAGGGCAAAAAGACUAAGGCCGGCAAGGGUGACGGGACGGAGCACGGGACGCGUAGCAGGUUGAGUGAAAGUACGAGCCAUGGGCAUGACAAGUGAUAAAGAAGUCGAUGUUAUUUCGAG